AUGGGUCGAGUGUACCUCGAACAUGCUGGAGGGAUGAUCACAUAUCAUUGCGAGAAGUGUCACACCUACCUUACCAGUGAAAGUCGAUUGCAAUCAACUGCUUUCCAAGGUGAGAUCGCAUUUUUGUUCAUGUUUUUAGUGUUAAAUGCGAUAAUUGUCUACCCGAUACUGUAAAUACCUAAAUAUAAAACAACAAAAUCUUUCUUUUAUAAGCAUACAGUUAAUGCCAUUGGUAUUCUAGGUUCUACAGGCCCAGCAUUCCUCUUCACGGAUGUGAAAAAUGUGGAUCUGUCCAAGACAGACACGCGAACCAUGAUCACGGGUGAGCACAUUGUUCGCGAUGUGUUCUGCAAGAACUGUAGCCUCAAGAUCGGCUGGAUGUAUGAGUUUGCCUAUGCUGAAUCCCAGAAGUACAAAGAAGGUGAGGAUAAUGUUGUUUUAUUUGAUGCAAGUGUCCUCCAGAUGCUUUUUGCGAUUACUGUCGCUAUUUUUUCUGACGUUUUUCGCUUCCGUCUGUUCUAACUUUCGCUCGGUUCCCUUCUUGAUGUUUAUAUUAUACUUGCGUCUUCGGUUAUCUCAACCAAAGCGGAUAGCGUUUAUUGGAAUCAAUUGCAUCUCUAAGUGAUUAUAUCUCUCCGGUCUAUAGAACAUCAAGCCUUUCUCGUCCCGUUUCAUGGCUGUCAGCUGAGCAGGGGUGGUCGGCGGGCCGGGCCGGCCCGGCCCAAACGGGCCGGCCGGCCUCAAAAAUGGAAAUUGACAAACGGGCCGGGCCCGUCACGGGCCGGGCCGGGCCGCGGGCCUGGGGUUUUUCCGGCCCGGCCCGGCCCGUCUAAAAUACAAUGCCAAACCGUUGGCAUUCAUUGUUUUCGCGCCGGGAAAAUUAAUUGAUGUUGUUAUAGUUGCUGUUUCUCAAGUUCUAAAACGUUUACAAGUCUCUAGUUCCAUUAUAGAACCACAAAACUAUCACAUUGAUCCUUUACUAGCUAGAUCAACGCCUUUUUUGCCUCAGUUUAGAUCCCGAGCCUGGGCGCAGUUCGCAGAACCCUCUAUAGACGGGCCUGCACGGGCCGGGCCGGGCCAGGCCCGUCACGGGCCGGGCCGGGCCGGGCCUGGAAAAAGACUAGACGGGCCGGGCCGGGCCGGUCAAUUAGACGGGCCGGGCCGCGGGCCGAAAAUCGGAAAAAUAGGGUCUGCUGACCACCCCUGCAGCUGAGUGCACUAGGGAGAGACUUGGCGCAUUCGGAAAAUCAAAGAGAAAAACUUGACCCAUUUUUUAUUGCAGGUCGAUUUAUCCUUGAGCGGAAGCUGUUGACCGUCAACGAAGAUGCCUUUCAGACCGGUGUAGCCCGUUCCAGAUGUGGAUCAAACUCUUCGGCCGACAGUAGCAACGUCUCCUCGAUUACCAUUACCUAA